UUGACUCAGCAGCCCAUUGAACAAACGACCCCGCUCGUGUCAAAAAAAAUUUUAAACGUGUGGACGGCGUUUGUAUUUUCUUCUCCAAAGUCAUCAUAUUUUUUGUACGAGAAACUCCUUUUUCGAUCUCUUUAUUCCCUGUGGGGUGUAUAUAAACCCCUCCCGCUCAUUGGAUCAUCAAACAUAUUCCCCACUCUCCCCCCCCUUCUUCAGCUUCCCCUUCUCUCUCCUCCUACAGAACACCACCGCAUCUAAUUUUCGAGAGAAAGGAGAGAGAAUUCUAGAGAUAGGAAAGCGAAUUUGAGAUGGAACUGGGUAGAGAAAUCAUGGGUUCUGGUUUAAUUGAGAGAUCAGUGUUUCUGGGUUCAUCAAAAGUCCAUACAUUUUAUCAGAAAACAAACCAGUUAUUCUGGGUUAACUCGGUUUCGCAGAAAAGAAGGGUGGGAUUGAGGAGGAAAGCCGUGGAAGUAAAGCCGGUGGUGGCGGCGAUAAGUGAGAAUUUGGUGAGAGCGGUGGUGCCGGAAAAAGCCGUGAAGUACAAGGUCAGAGGGGUGGUGACUGUGAGGAAUAAGAACAAGGAGGAUUUGACAGAGACACUGUUCAAGCAUUUUGAUGCUUUAACUGACAAGAUUGGAAGGAAUGUGGUAUUGGAGCUUGUUAGCACUGAAAUUGAUCCAAAAAACAAAGCUCCAAAGAAAAGCAACCAAGCAGUGCUAAAGGACUGGUCAGAGAAAUCAAACCUCAAAACAGAGAGGGUAAAUUACAUAACCGAGUUCACGGUGGACUCCAAUUUUGGAAACCCAGGUGCAAUCACAGUUACAAACAAGCACCAAAAGGAGUUCUACUUGGAAAGCAUCACCAUCGAAGGAUUCGCAAGUGGUCCAGUGCAUUUCCCCUGCAAUUCGUGGGUCCAGUCUAGCAAAGAUCACCCUGCAAAGAGGAUAUUCUUCUCAAAUCAGCCAUAUCUGCCAAGCGAGACGCCAUCAGGAUUGAGAGCAUUGAGAGAGCAGGAGCUGAAAGAUUUGAGGGGUGAUGGGCAAGGAGUCAGGAAAUUAUCUGACCGGGUGUACGAUUUCGAUGUGUACAACGAUUUGGGAAAUCCCGACAGGGGGAUAGAUCUUGCUCGCCCGAAUCUCGGAGGUCAAAAGAUCCCUUACCCUAAGCGGUGUCGCACCGGACGUCUCCCAACCGAUACAGAUAUGCAUGCAGAGAGCCGUGUGGAGAAGCCACUGCCAAUGUACGUACCUAGGGACGAGCAAUUUGAGGAGUCAAAAAUGAAUUCAUUCUCUAAUGGAAGGUUAAAGGGCACUUUUCAUAACUUGUUACCCUCCAUAAAGGCUAACAUCUCGGCGAACAACCACGAUUUCAAGGGGUUUUCGGACAUCGAUAGCCUUUACAGUGAAGGUCUCCUCCUCAAACUAGGGCUUGAAGAUGACUUGUUGAAGAAAUUGCCAUUGCCUAAGGUGGUUGGCAAGAUCCAACAGUCCAGCCAAGGCGACCUUCUCAAAUACAACACCCCUAAGAUACUUUCCAAGGAUAGAUUUGCAUGGCUGAGAGAUGAUGAAUUUGGGCGACAAGCAAUAGCAGGGGUUAACCCUGUUACCAUAGAGAGGCUUGAGGUAUUCCCACCAGUGAGCAAACUUGAUCCACAAAUCUACGGUCCACAAGAAUCCGCACUCAAGGAAGAACACAUUCUGGGCCAUCUCAAUGGCAUGACUGUUCAACAGGCGCUGGAUGAAAAUAAGCUAUACAUAGUGGACUACCAUGACAUUUACCUUCCAUUUAUCGAUCGCAUAAAUGCCCUGGACGGCCGCAAAGCUUAUGCGACCCGCACAGUCUUUUUCUUGAGCCCAUUAGGCACUCUUAAGCCCGUAGCAAUCGAGCUUAGCCUGCCACUAGCCGGGCCCACUUCCCGUUCGAAGCGCGUCGUCACACCCCCCGUCGAUGCCACCACCAGCUGGAUAUGGCAGCUUGCCAAAGCCCACGUCUGCUCCAAUGACGCCGGCGUUCACCAGCUUGUCAACCACUGGUUGCGAACCCAUGCAACAAUGGAACCGUUCAUCUUGGCGGCGCACAGGCAAUUGAGUGCGAUGCACCCCAUAUUUAAGCUUCUGGACCCACACAUGAGAUACACGCUGGAGAUCAACGCUCUGGCCCGCCAAAGCCUGAUCAGCGCCGAUGGUGUCAUUGAGGCUUGCUUCACUCCCGGCCGCUACGGCAUGGAGAUGAGCGCCGCUGCUUACAAGAAUUUCUGGCGCUUUGAUCUGGAGGGCCUGCCUGCUGAUCUCAUCAGAAGGGGCAUUGCAGUACCAGACCCAAGCCAACCACAUGGACUAAAGCUCCUAAUCAAGGACUACCCAUACGCAUCGGACGGGCUAAUGAUCUGGUCCGCGAUCGAGAACUGGGUCCAAACCAACGUGACCCGUUACUACCCAGACUCGGCUCAAGUCUGCAACGACAAAGAGCUCCAAGCCUGGUACGCUGAGUCCAUCAACGUGGGCCACGCCGACCUCCGCCACGAGGCCUGGUGGCCCACACUUGCCACGCCCGACGAUCUCACCUCCAUUCUAACCACCAUCAUCUGGCUGGCUUCCGCCCAACACGCCGCCCUCAACUUCGGUCAGUACCCGUACGGCGGAUACGUGCCCAAUCGGCCUCCUCUAAUGCGCCGAUUAAUUCCCGAAGAAGGUGAUCCAGAAUACAAAAGUUUCGUGGCGGACCCACAGAAGUACUUUCUCUUGUCAUUGCCGAGUUUAUUGCAAGCGACCAAGUACAUGGCGGUGGUGGACGCGCUCUCGACUCACGCGCCCGAUGAGGAAUACAUCGGGGAGAGGAAUCACUCAUCCAUCUGGACGGGUGAUGCGGAGAUGGUGGAAGGGUUUUUCGGGUUCUCGGCGGAGAUCGGACGGGUGGAGAAAGAGAUUGAGAAAAGGAACAGUGAUUCAACGCUGAGGAAUAGGUGUGGGGCCGGGGUUUUACCGUAUGAGCUACUUGCGCCUAGUUCGGAGCCCGGGGUUACUUGUAGAGGUGUGCCCAAUAGUGUGUCAAUAUGAGCCCCAUUAGUUGGGUCGUAUUUUAUAGUGGUUUUAACUCUAAAUAGAGACUAGAGUUGAUAGAACUAGAGUCUCUAGUUCUUUUGGGCAUGAUAUAAUAGCUUAAUAAUGUAAAUCAGGGAUGCACAAUGAAUUGUGAACUCCAAUUAGAGUUGUAUAUCUAUGCAUAGAAAUAUAUAUAGAACUACUAGAAAUAUGGUGGGUGGGUCUAUUGACUCGACUAAAUUAAAUUUUAAUGAAGCUACUCUUUUCAUGCA